AUGUUUGCUAAAGAAAAUGUUGACUACACACUUUAUCUUGUUACAGACUCAACAAUGUUGCCAGAAGGAACUACCUUAGAAUCUCAGGUUGAAGCUGGAUUGAAAAACGGUGUUACCUUGGUUCAGUUAAGGGAGAAGGAGACCCCUACAAAGACCUUCAUACAGGAAGCAUUGAAGGUUCAAAAGCUUUGUAAACACUACGGUGUUCCGCUGAUUAUUAACGAUCGAGUUGAUGUUGCGCUAGCCAUAAACGCGGAUGGUGUUCACGUUGGUCAAGAUGACAUGCCCAUUCCAAUGGUUAGAAAAUUGCUUGGUCCUGAGAAAAUAAUAGGUUGGAGUGUAGGCUAUACUCAUGAGGUUGAACAACUUACCAAAUGGGGCCCAGAGGGUGUUGAUUAUAUUGGUAUAGGGAUGGUCUUUCCCACUAACACAAAAAAAAAUCCCAAAAAGGCUCCAAUGGGCCCAGUAGGAGUAUCUAAUAUUCUCGGCGCAUUGCAAGAAUAUGAAGCAAAAUGGUGCAAAACUGUUGCUAUCGGUGGUUUACAUCCUGAUUGUAUACCCAGAGUUCUUUAUCAAUGCGGUUCACCGGACGGUAGGAGAAUGCUAGACGGUAUAUCUGUUGUGAGUGACAUUAUGGCUGCACCAGACGCAGGUAGUGCUACUAAGAAACUACGUGACAUCUUAGCUAAAAAAAGAUACGAUUUUAUACCCGGUUUAAUAUCUAAUUCGACCACUUUCCACCCCGAUCAAAUGGCUGAGUACCUUGAUAGGACAAAAACAAACCGUCCCCUGAUACAACAUAUUACAAACAAAGUUCAUCAAAAUUUUGGAGCCAAUGUCACAUUAGCUUUAGGAUCAUCUCCCAUUAUGUCUGAGAUAAAUUCAGAAUUCAAAGAGUUGUCCCUGAUUCCUCACGCAACUCUUCUACUGAAUACCGGUUCUGUGGCUCCUUUGGAGGUCCUUAUUGACGCCGUUAAGGCUUAUAAUGAAUCUCAACGUCCCAUUGUUUUCGACCCAGUUGGAUACAGUGCAACGGAAACUAGGUUGAAUUUGAACAACCAUGUGUUAACAGCCGGACAGUUUGCUUGUAUUAAAGGAAACUCUGGAGAAAUUUUAUCUUUAGCGGGACUCAGCCAGGGUAAAAUGAAAGGAGUUGACUCUGGAUAUAAUGGCUCUGACUUGUCACUUCUAAUCAAAGCUACCAAGAUAGUUGCCUACAGAUACAGGACAGUUAGUGUUUGUACCGGAAAGACAGACAUAGUUGCUGACGGUACUUUUGCUGGUGCCUAUGAGCCAAGUGGCGGAAUGUUAGGAGAUUGGUCUAGCAUUCCCUGUUUUACGAUAGUUUGUGGUGAUAUUCCUAUUAUGGAAUGUAUCACGGCAAGCGGGUGCUCUCUUGGCAGUACUAUCGCCUGUUUAAUUGGAGGAGUUUCAGGAAAUGCCAAUGUUCUGGGUGCUGUUUUAACCGCGGUAACACUGUAUAAGUCAGCAGGGCAAAAAGCCUCCUCACGUUGCAGAGGCAGUGGUAGUUUCCAUGUGGAAUUGAUUGACGCCCUUUAUCAGUUUUUCACAUCCAAUCAGCCGUUAGAGUGGGCCGCGUCUAUUCAUCAAGUCUAA